UGAAUAUUGUCAAACCAUCACAGAAGUGAAAGUAAAUGAUCUGAUAUGUUUGGAGCACGAGUCUGAGGCUCGUACGGUCUCUCUCAUUUUUUAGAACAACAACCCAGGUAUGGGAGGAAGCGAGUCCAAACCUGUGCCUGCUCCACCUCCAGUCAAGCCAUGGAGGACAAUGAACUGGGGAGACAAACAGAGCACUCUGGAUUAUGUAAAGAACUACAAACCUCUCAGUGAAGGGCAGCAGAUCAGGAUUCUUCUUCAUGGGCCAGAAGGAUCUGGAAAGUCCAGUUUUAUCAACUCUGUCCAAAGCGUCCUACAUGGAAGAAUGUACAUACACGCUUUGGCAGCUAUCCACGGUUCCAGUUUUACCAAAAGGUACACAACCUACAAGAUCCAGAAAGGAGGCUCAGGGGUCUUUUAUCCCUUUGUCUUCAAUGACAUCAUGGGCCUAAGCCCACAAGGUGGACUCCAUGUGGAUGAUGUCAAACUGGCUCUGAGGGGACACGUGAAGGAAGGUUAUCAGUUCAAUCCUGAUUCUAAGUUGUCAGAGAAUGAUCCAGACUACGUGAAAUCUCCAACUGACAACGACAAAGUGCACGUUCUGGUUUGUGUCAUUCCCGCUAACACGUUAUCUAUAAUGCCACAUGAACUUCUGCAGAAGAUUAAAGACAUCAGAGAGGAAGCGAGUGAUCUGGGGAUUCCUCAAGUUGUCAUCCUUACCAAGAUUGAUGUAGCCUAUCCUGAAAUCAGAGAAGAUUUACAGAGUGUGUACAAGGUCACUUACCUGAAGAAACAGAUGGAGAAAUUAAGUGCAGAUGUGGGAAUCCCGUUGAAUUGCAUCUUCCCUGAGAAGAACUACCAUGAAGAAAUCACCCUCGACAAUGACGUGGACUCGCUGAUCCUGAGCAUUCUGAGAAACCUCAUCAACUUUGGAGAAGACUGCAUCAACUUCCACGAGAAUCACCCUUGAAUUUUACACUGAUGUGUUUCAACAAAUUCACAUUUAAAAAAAACGCUGUGCUGUAUGUUAUGAUAUGAUGACAUUAGAUUAAUAACCUGCCACAUUACUCGUGACGCUAAGUUUAAAUAUUAUCCAAAACAAUUCAUUGACAAGCAGGUAAUAUAGCUUAUAUAGCUAUUUGAAGGCAACAUCCAAACAUGUUCAACUUUACCAUUAAACAACCCGCAAAGAAAAA